GGGGUCAGCAUUUGGUGGAAAUUGAGUGAAAUUAUGAGUAGCCCACCCCUUCACCUAAUAAUCCCCCCUCCUCCUUCCCUCACAUCUCCUCUCUAUUGACUGGCUCUCCUGCAUCAUACUGGAGACCCCGUUGAGAGGAUCUUUUCUCUCUAUAAAGAGAAGAUGCAGCCCCGGCGCCUAUGAGAUGAUCGCGAGGAUUUACUGCGCUCCUCUCUUCCUGUAACUUCAGACGGGCAUCCUCGGCUGCUUCGACACCAAAUCAUCUGGACUGCUUGCGCUCUCAAAAUAUUUACCUUGUGGACUCACGGACAUUUGAAUGACGCGGGAUUUUCCAGUCUGAGCUGCCAGAGUGUCUGAGUCAUCCAAGACCCGAAUGUGAGCAUCUUUUUCUUCUGCGCUCCGAGCUGUAGUUCAGACUUUGUGCGUCGUCGCCUCUCGGCGCAGUUUGUGUUGCAGGUGCGUGGAGAAGGAGCACAAGGACAGAUGGCUGCGUUGGCGAUACAAAGGACUGACAACUUUUUGCACACCUUUUUGCAGGACCGGACGCCCAGCUCCUCUCCAGAGGGAGCACCUAACGCCCUCUCCUUCCUGGCCACCACCUGCAGCCAGGCCUGGCAGGUGGGAGGCGCUAUGGGCUCAGAAGGAUCCCAGUUCCCCUACGAAGGCACCGUCAGCUCCACAUCAGGAAUGUUUCAGCUUUGGAGCAACGACAUGACACCCAGCACAGCUCUCAGCACACACCAGAUGACCUUCACGGUGCCCAAGGUGCAGUUCCCCGGACACAUGCAGUCUGGCCUGGGUCACCAUCAUCAUCAUCACCCCCAUCACCACCACCACCAUGAACUGCCUCUCACCCCUCCAGCUGAACCUCCUUCUUCCUACUCCUUUGAACUCUCCCCUGUCAAAGUGCUGUCCUCGCAGGCACAGGCCAACAGUACCUACUAUCCUCAGCACAACAGUGUAGGACAAAACUUCCCCAGCUUUCUCCAGAACUCCUCAGCCAGGCAUCACCUGCCUGCAGGCCAUGUGGAGGACGGGCAGCAGUGGUGGAGCCUACCCCAAACUAACACCACUCCUUCAAACCACCCGUUUUCCAUAGGCAGGCAGCUGGUUUUGGGCCACCAGCCCCAGAUAGCUGCUCUUCUCCAGGGCACCUCCAAGGGCCUGCUGAGCUCCACACGCCGCUGCCGCCGCUGCAAAUGCCCCAACUGCCAAGCAAAUGGAGGAGGGUUAGAGUUCGGAAAGAAGAGACUGCACAUCUGCCACAUCCCAGAGUGUGGCAAAGUGUACAAGAAGACCUCUCACCUGAAGGCACAUCUGCGCUGGCAUGCUGGGGAGAGACCCUUCAUCUGUAACUGGCUGUUCUGCGGUAAAAGUUUCACCCGUUCAGAUGAGCUACAGCGGCACCUCCGCACACACACAGGAGAAAAGCGCUUUGGGUGCCAGCAGUGCGGCAAGAGGUUCAUGAGGAGUGACCACCUCUCCAAACAUGUCAAGACCCACCAGACCAGAAAGAAUCGGUCUGGGCAGCCUUCACAGAGCACGGACCCUCUGCUCACCAAUAUCAAGAGAGAGUGAUCUCUGUGGUCCAAAAGUGAAGAAUAACAAUCAGUCAAUGAACAGACUUUGUGAUUUACUCUUACUGCCAUAGGUUUGCACUAGAAGAUAAGCAUUCUGCUCCUCCGAACAUCUUCUGUUAAAGCCCUACUUUUGACUUCAAGUAGUACCAUAAAAAUAUAUUUAGAGACCAUCUUUAAUCAAAGUAAUUUUGUGCUGUCUGAGGCAAGGCAGCUUUAAAGAAUACUUGAAAACUUUUUUCAGUGAUAUUGUGAGAGUUUUGCUGAAUUCAGUGUACUUUUCAAGAUUCCACGCAAACUGAUUUCACCUGAAACAAAACUGGCCUCUUUAAAUGUUUAAAUUUCAACUGAUAUGAAAAUCAGAUUUUUUUUUUCAGAGUUAAUUUUGUAAAUAUUUUACCUGUGUGAAGGAUGUGGCACACAUAAGCCGAUCUCCACAAGGUUUACAUUAACAUGUUGUCCAUAUUAUCAUGUUCAAAAUAAAUAUAUGCCUUAGUACAGCUAAAAAUUACAAUUCCUGCUCUCGCAAACGGGUUUAGAGAGGAAAAAAUGCUUCUGUUGCUGUUGAUAAUUAGACUUUAAUUUCAAAAUGUAGGGAUAAUUUCUGAAAUGUGAAUCUUUGAUCUACAGAUUCAUCUCAUCUGCUCUUGCGCAGCAGUGUGAAGCACCAGUGCUCAAGAUUAAAAAACAUUUUAAAUUUUUAAGUUGUUUGUAAAUUAUGUAUAAAUAUCAUCAACAGUUUUAUUGGGGUUAUGGCCGCAUGUAAAUUUUAAUAAACAUUGUCACUGAUGAAACAA